AUGCAGAUUUCAUCCCUCAUUGGCGGGUUAUCCGCGAUUGGCGGACUGAGCCUGGCCCAGGCCACCGUCACCAGCCCGGUUAUUGAAGCCGACGAUUUUAGUAUCCCUGGCGCGUUGCAAGAUCUCGGUGUGGAUGUGUCGCAAAUUCCGGCAUUGAAGUCGUUCGCUGCCAUUGAGACACGGUCAACCGAUAAAGCCUGUGCAGCUGCUUGCGCAAGUUUGAGCUUCCUUUUUGGCUCUAAAGUCUCUGAUCAAGAGACUACUGGGUACAACAACUUCACUAGCUCGUUCUGGUCGGUGCAGCAAGAAGAGGUGCAGCCUCAUUGCGUUUUCCGUCCUACCAAGAACACGGAAGUCAGCACUGCAGUUUUGCUUUCCCGUUUGACUGGUUGCGAGUUUGCUGCUCGCAGUGGCGGUCAUGCUGCCUUUACCGGUGCCUCUAGCGCCCCUGGCGGGAUCAGUAUCUGGUUCAAGGAUAUGAGCGCCGUCACCCUUAACCCAGACAAGACGGUCGCAUCUAUUGAACCUGGAAACAAUUGGCUCACUACUUAUGCUGCCCUCGAGCCCUAUGGCUUGGCUGUUAUCGGAGGUCGUGCUUCUAGCAUUGGUGUUGGCGGUUUCGUUUUGGGUGGUGGAAUCUCCUACCACUCCAACCUGUACGGCUGGUCUUGCGACAAUGUUGAGAGCUUCGAGGUCGUUGCCGCUAGUGGUCUGAUUGUGACUGCGAGUGCAAAUUCCUACCCUGACCUAUACUGGGCUCUCCGCGGUGGUGGCAACAACUUUGGUCUUGUCACCAAGUACAAUAUGUACACAAUCCCCUCUCCAAAGAUGUAUGGCGGUGCUAGGACCUUCCUCGAGACCGAGUUUCCCCAGGUUAUCAACGCUUGGAUCAACGUGAUCAAUAAUGCCACCGUUGACGGCAAUGCCCAGCAAUAUGUCGCCUUUCUUCAGACCCAAGGAAUGAACCUUGCCUCCGCCGAACUGACCUACGUUAAGAACGACCCCAACCCUGAAAUCUUCAAGCAAUACAGAAAUAUUUCGGCCAUUUCCGACAACUCCAGUGCCAAGACCCUUGUCGAAUAUGUGAAGUACCUCGAGACCGAGAACCCAUACGGCCUUCGCGAGGUGUAUUGGCCCAUCAGCGCGGCUCUUGACGAGAAAUUCGCUAACUGGGUGGUGAAUCUCUUCUAUUCGAUGAUCCCCGAUGUUGCCAAUGUUGCCGGUGUUCAGCCCAACGAGUCUGAUGACAAAACUGUCUACGCGUUCGUCAACAAGUUCAUGGAGAAGGUCAUUGCUGAGGCUAAGAGUGUCGGCGUCUUCAAUGAAUAUGUCUAUAUGAACUAUGCCAGCAUAUUCCAGGAUGCUGUCGCUGGAUAUGGCGCUGCUAACAAGGCACAGCUGAAGAAGAUUGCAAAGAAGUACGACCCCAGGGAGGUUUACCAGACUCUCCAGCCUGGUUACUUCAAGCUUGAUGGUCCUCCCGUGACUCCCUCUUUCUAG